AUGGAGGCUAUGGGGGUUUACGUGCUUUGCGGGUUCAGCGCAUUCACGGGUAUCAUGCAGUCAGUUGGAUUGUCUUGGGAAUCCAAGUGGCCGCACUGGACGAGGCUUGCCUAUGGCGCAGUUUGCUUUCCCCAGCCGCACGACCCUUCAUCUUUGGCCUAUUACUUUUUGGUGUUCUUUCCGCUCCUCUUCGGGAUACCAUUGGUCUAUGUGGUGUAUGCUUCAGUCACCAUAGUAAGGCAAAACCUGCUGCCACCCUCGGGAAGGCGACGAGCUCUGGCAGUCUAUUUCUUUCGCCUCACUGUUGCUUUCCUUGUCAUGUGGGGCCCGUGUUUGCUCUUUUUUUGCAUCACUGGUCCUUUUGUGAGCACCUGGGUCUACUGGAUAGGUGCCAUUUGGGGGCAUUUACAAGCCCUUGUAUCCAGCGUCAUGAGUCUAAUGAAACCUGACAUAUGGAAGGUUUACAAAAGGUUUUACACACAAACAGUUUGGAGUUGGUGCCUUUGUGGGCACAAUGGCCCUGGCGAUGAAGAGCGCAGGGCAGGGUCAAGGAUUCGCCCCGGCAUGUCUACCGCCUUUUUUAUGAGCACCAUGAUGGCGCCCUUGAAGGAUGAAAUCUCCCCGUGCGAAGGAAAAGUAAGAGGCAGCCGUGACCUACGAACAUCAUGUACAACAGGCGGCCCAUCCUCAGCCUUUUCAUCUACCAGCACACCGCCAGACAUGGACCAGGCAAGAACAAGAACAAGAACAAGAACAAACAAAGACAGCAGCCUUUGCUCGGGAGAAGCAUUAGAUGCAAUCGAAGAAGGAAAGUUGGGACGCGACGGUGUUCCGAGAGCAUCAUCUUCUUCGUCUACUCCAACGACUUCGUUAGCAAUUGAAACGAGGUCAAAAGGCGCCCAACCGAUCAAGGGCUGCACAGGAGAAGACUUACCUUGGGAAUGCACUCGCCAUGAGGACGUCUGA